GUUCAAGUCCGCGUUGUCGCAAAGCAUACAUUCAGCCUUCUGGCCAUCGAAUUCUGUCAUGUCCGUUCUCAUCGAGACCUCGCUGGGCGAUAUAACGAUUGAUCUCCUCGUCGAUGACGCGCCGAAAUGUUGCGAAAACUUCCUGAAACUAUGCAAAAUCAAGUACUUCAACUUCGCGCCCGUCCAUAGCGUCCAACCGAACUUCUCCUGCCAAACCGGCGAUCCCAUAGGGCCCGAAUCGAAAGAAAGCGAUGGAGGCAGUUCAAUAUGGGGCUUACUGGACCCUACCGACCCGUCAAAGCGAACUUUUAAGCCGGAGUUCCAACCCAAAUUGAAGCAUACCGACAUGGGAACCGUCAGCAUGGCUACGGCACUGGCGCCGGACGAUCCAGAUGAGCGAUUCGCUGGAAGCCAGUUCAUAAUCACACUGGGGAACAACAUCGACUACUUGGAUGGGAAAGCUGCAAUAUUUGGUACCGUUGUAGAAGGGUUCGACGCAUUGGAGAAGAUCAACACAGCAUAUGUUGAUGAGAAAGGUCAACCGCUCAAGGAUAUCCGCAUCCUGCACACUGUGGUCCUGGACGACCCAUACGAUGAUCCCUCCGGCUUAGUAGAGCCGCCAGAGAGCCCUUUACCAUCAGCAGCCCAGCGCGCAACGGUCCGCGUUGCGUACGAUGAGAAUCUCGAAGAGGAGAACGACCCGGAGAAGCUGGAGCGUGUCCGCAGAGAGCGAGAGGCGCGCGCCCAAGCCCUUACCCUAGAAAUGGUCGGAGAUCUCCCCUUCGCCGAAGUCGCGCCACCAGAAAACGUCCUUUUUGUCUGCAAACUCAACCCCGUCACCCAAGACGAAGACAUGGAACUCAUCUUCUCUCGGUUCGGCAAGAUUUUGAGUUGCGAGAUCAUACGGGACAAGAAGACGGGGGACAGCUUACAGUACGCAUUCAUCGAGUACGAGAACCAGAAGGACUGCGAGCAGGCGUACUUCAAAAUGGACGGCGUUCUGAUCGACGACCACCGAAUCCACGUCGACUUCUCACAGAGCGUCUCGAAGAUCGCCGACGACUGGCGGGACGCGACCAACAGCAAGCGGAGGAGCAGAGCGGGCGGCUUCGGCGGCAUUUCGAAUCUCGAAAAGAAGAGGCAGUACCGCGACGACUCCCAGCGGGGCUACGUCCCCGACUCAGCCGUCGACAAACUCAUCGUCGACGCCGACACUGCCACCAAACCCCCUACUUCUACCUCCACCUCCCGAGACCACCGAGACCACCGAGACUCCGCUAAGGAGAGCCGGGAUAGACCCCGAAACGGCAGCGGCUCGUACAGAUCCGACCGCCGACGGGACGACGACCGCGACCGGCGGCGAGACCGCAGAGAAACCUCAUACCACGACGACAAAUGGCGACGAGACCGGAGUCGCAGCCCCCGGCGCGACCACCGGCGCGACCGCGAGAACGACGGCCGCUACGAUAGUCGGAGUCACGACAGCCGUCGCCGCGAGCGUAGUAGAGAUAGGUACAGCCGGGACGAUCGAGGCUCGGAGCGACGGCGGCGCGAUUAAGCCAUGCUGCGCUCUCCCUCCUCUCUCUAUUCACAACAUCAUUACACGCCAACCUUUAAUUCUCAUUCCAUUCUACAUCAUGUACGUCCCUCGGAAUCACAAUGGCGUCAAUCAUAUACUCUGUUUUCUAUUUCGCGGUGUGGGGGCAUCGGGAAAUGGAUCCCGAUAAGUCACCUUCCACCACCUAGGGUUAAUUUAGUCCAGCAACUUGCUUCACACGGUGUGUGCAAGUGCCAUGCCAGUCAGGCAGCCAGAAUGUUAAUGUGUACCAUAUAUCGAUGUACUCCUUUCCUUUGCUUUCUUCGUCAUUUUGGACCAAAGUAGGAGUAGGGUAUCUGGAUCCUCUUGUGGGGUGGUUUAUGGAACAAUCAAUGAAUGAUACCUAUGAUUUAAUUACUCUUCAAACUUCC